AUGGAAAGUUUUAAGGCUUUAUUAGGUGUCACAGCAGUAUUUGGAACUCUAUUAGUCUUCUUGUUUUCUUCGGCUAAUGCACAAAUUAGCACAGCCUGCACCAAUUCAAUGAUCACCAGCUUCACCCCUUGCAUAAAUUACAUCACAGGAAGCACCAGCAAUGGGGCUUCUUCACCAUCUGCUGACUGCUGCAAUUCAGUGAAGUCUCUAAUGAGUACUAGCUUGGAUUGCGCUUGUCUUCUGCUAAUUGGGAAUGUCCCUGUUUCAUUUCCCUUUAACCGGAGCCUCGCACUUUCACUCCCUCGUGCAUGCCAUGGUGGUGUGCCAAUACAAUGUGAAGGCUCUGGUGUUCCUCCACCAGCUCCAGCUUCCAAAGCAUCAGCCAUGGCACAGCCACCGGCCGCUAAACCGACCCUGCAAACAUUGCUGGCAUCUCCUCCCUUAGUUUCAGUAGCUCCUACAGCGAAUCCAGGAAUCCGACCGGUGGUGACCACGACAUCAGCUUCUAAUCCGUCUCAUAUUUCCGCACCAUUUGUGCUGCUAAUAUUUGUAGGAAUCAUGGUUUCCAAGUUCUAUUGA